AUGGAGAUGUGGAUCCACAGCGCAAGAAUCGAAGGGAUCCGAGUCUGGCUGUCCGAGGCUCUGCGCAUGCGAGUCAGCCUUACAUCUCUGGAUCAGCUGAAUCUCCAGCUGUCUGCCUGUGGAUUCUCUCUGCACAAAAACCUGGACAAAAACAUAAUUUUUAGAGUCAGCUUCAACGGAUGUUUCGUCCGGCAACAGCACGGCUUCAAUGUCCUGACGCUGAAUCUGACGGAGAGGAUAACUCGAUUCGGAGGACGACCUCACAGUUUGAUGAUGAAGUGUCCCGUGGCUUCAGUACUUCAGAGCAGAGAGAAAAUCCAGUGUGACCCCGAUUAUAUUCAGCUGAAUUGGUCUCUGUGUCUGAGUGACCAUCUUAUUGUGGCGCUGGAUGAUGCCAGCCUGAUCCAGAUGAACAUCGAGAUGACCGGAGAGGAUAUUACAGUUCAAGGCAGGAGAAAGGAGAUUUUAAGUCCCGUCCAAAUAAUGGAAAACGAAGGGGAAUUUUUGGCCUUAAAGCUGGUCAGGGGUCAGUAUGCCUACAGUAUGGAAGCCACGUGCCCGAAAGCAGACCAGACCGUGCUGCACAUUUUCAAACGGCGCAUGGGUUUGACCAAGCGGGGCAGCCAUCACAGUGAACCCUUAACAGUCAGCGAUGUGUCUGUCAACCAGACGGAUAAUUUCACCAUGGACGAGACGAGUGACUUUGUGGCCCUGACCAUCCCCACCAGCCAAAUACUCCAGACCAAGGCCUGCGUCGACAGUGAGCGGCUCCUGCAGCCGUUCUACAGGGUGGAUGUGGAGCUCACCUUCAAAGAGGCUAUUCAUACAAUGCACUGGACCAUGGAGAACACACUGCCAUGCAUAGCCUCCUCAGCUGGGCCUCCAGACGCAGCGUCGCGCAUCGCCACAUCUUCUCCCGGUCCAGUCGUCACAGGCCUGUCCGCGCUCGGCAGCGCCGUUCACGAGGGUGUAACCACAGAAGGCCCCUCCUUUGUCUCUGUGGCAAAACUAAACGGGAGGGAUCCGCUCAAAGAGGAGGCUGCAGGUUUUUUGUCCACAACUGACUCCUCUCACACGGGCGCCGCGAACUCCCGCACUGACGUCAGCUCAAGCCGUCGGAGCGGAAAUCCGUCUUCGGGGUUUGAAAACAAAACCUCCCUCAGUGCAACUGAGGCAAGCUUUUUGGAUCUUUUGCAUGCAACAGCCAAUAGCUCGGCAGAAUUCCUUGAGUUGAACGCCACAGUUGAAGCACCAUUUACUACAGUGGAUCCACCUGAACAAGAACACAGGGAAGUGAGCACGGCCAGAGGAAAUAAAGACCAGUGGAUUUGGAGGAAUUAG